ACAGCUCCAAAUUCUUGUUUUUCAACUAAAAUCAUUAAUGGGCAUACAUAAAGUUGCUUUCUUUUUUGUUAUUUUCUUGAUUGCAUAAUGUUAAAAGGCCUUCCAAUUGCUUCUUUCAAGAAGUUAUCUUGGUGAAAGUUAUAGGUGGGGUUUUGUGAUAGAUUUUUCCUCAAUUUUAUUGCCCACGUUACAAUUUUUGUUUGUCCCAAGAAUACAGUCGUAUUUGGAUGGGGAAUAAGUUGGGAAGAAAGAAACAUUUGGUAGAUGAAAAGUAUACAAGGCCCCAAGGGUUGUAUCAACAUAAAGAUGUGGAUCAUAAGAAACUAAAAAGAUUAAUACUUGAUUCCAAACUCGCUCCUUGUUAUCCUGGUGAUGAUGAUUGUAAAAGUUGUGAUCUUGAAGAAUGCCCAAUUUGUUUCUUGCAUUAUCCAAGUCUGAAUCGUUCGAGAUGUUGCAUGAAAGGGAUUUGUACAGAGUGUUUUCUGCAGAUGAAGGCACCUAAUUCAUCAUACCCGGCACAGUGUCCCUUUUGUAAAACAUACAACUAUGCUGUGGAGUAUAGAGGGGUGAAGACUAAAGAAGAAAAGGGGUUGGAACAAAUUGAAGAACAACGGGUGAUAGACGCAAAAAUAAGAAUGAGACGGAAAGAAAUUGAAGAUGAAGAGGAAAGGAUGCAAAGAAGGCAAGAUAUGAGCUCUACAAGUCUAAUUACUGGACCAAAUGAGGCCGGGUAUACAUCAGCAACAGGUGAGGAAAUCUUUACAAGUCAUCAACUAGGUGGUUCAGCACUUACACAUCCUUCAAGCUCUAUAAAGAAUAGAGAUGAUGAAUUUGAUAUCGAGAACAUAAUGUUAAUGGAAGCAAUAUGGCUCUCAUAUCAGGAGACUAGCAAGCGGCAUCAAAAUUAUAAUGACACUGCACAAUUAGCAAGAUAUGCAUCAGAACUUCAUGUUUCAGCAGCCAUAGCCCCACAGGUGGCAUCGACCUCAUCCUCAUCGCGUUCUGGCGGUCUGGCAUGUACUAUGGCAAGCCUUGCUGAACACCAAGUAGGGAUAGAGUCGUCAACUAACAAUAGGAAUUUGUCAAUUUACAACGUUGACAAUGAUGAACCGACUACAGUAGAUGGUCAUGGUGUUUUAACAUUUGGAUCAUAUCCCACACAAGAUGAAAUGGGUCCAGAUAGUUUUGAAGAACAGAUGAUGGUAGCCAUGGCAGUUUCACUAUCAGAGGCUCGUCCUAGGACAAGUUCCCAACAGAUUACAUGGCAUUAAUGCAUCUUUUAUCUGGAUGUGAAACAAAAAAGUUCAUUUGAUUAAAUGUGAUGGGUUGUUAAUUAUUUAACAGUAUUGGAAUAGAUGCAGAAUAUGCCCUUGUUGGGUUUGAUCAAUUGAUCAUAUAUAUAUAACCCUUUGACAGGUUUUUAAUAAAGAAAAUUUUAUCUUUUUGUU